GGGGCAGCGCGGAGGCUCUGCCUGUGCCUGAGCCGCCGCCGCUGCGCUGCUAUCUGCCCGCGCUGUCGGGCGGGCCGGAGCAGGGAGGGGAGAGCGGCUGCAGCCCCCCCACCCCGUGCCCGCCCUCCCCUCGUCGCCGACGCGGAGCAGAGCAGAGGGGCGUGGAGAGGCGGCCCGGCGCGGCGGCUGCCCGCUCGGGCAGGGCAGGCAGGGCAACGGCAGAGCAGCGGCAGGGCAGGGAUGAGCCCCAGCGGCGCGGCCCGCUGAGCUCCGCCGCCAGUCAGGAUCUGGCCGGGCUGGGCUCGGUGUCCGCCGCGCGGGAACCGCGGCGGAGCCGGCUGGGGAUGCGCGGGGGAUCCCGCCGCGGCGCUCCGCCAGACACCAAGACGACCCGUGAAGAAGCUCCAUGAAGGUGACCAGCCAUGCAAUGUUCCUGGAAGGCUGUCCUCCUCCUAGCCUUGGCCUCCAUUGCAAUUCAGUACACAGCAAUACGGACCUUCACUGCCAAGUCUUUCCAGAGCUGCCCCAUCCCCAACCCCGUGAACUGCAGCCCGGGCCAGGAUGCCGACGCGGCCGACAGGCUGUGCGAUGAGAGCCCUACCUUCUCAUACAACCUCUCCAGGAAGACCCACGUGCUCAUCCUGGCCACAACACGCAGCGGCUCCUCCUUUGUUGGGCAGCUGUUUAACCAGCACUUUGAUGUCUUCUAUUUAUUUGAGCCCCUCUACCACGUCCAGUACACCCUAAUCCCAAAACUGACCCAGAGCAAGAGCACGACGGACAGGCGGGUCAUGCUGGGGGCCAGCCGAGACCUGCUGAGGAGCCUGUACGACUGCGACCUCUACUUCUUGGAGAACUACAUCAAACCACAGCCUGUCAACCACACCACCGACCGCCUCUUCCGCAGGGGAGCCAGCAAGGCCCUGUGCUCACCACCUGUCUGCGAGUCUCUGGGAGGCAUCGAUCUCCACCUGGAGGAGGGAGACUGCGUGAAGAAGUGCGGGACCUUGAACCUGACACUGGCCACCGAGUCUUGCAGAGAGCAUGGCCACGUGGCCAUCAAAACCGUCAGGGUGCCUGAGGUCAGCGACCUCCGGGCCCUGGUGGAGGACCCACGACUGAAUUUGAAAGUCAUCCAGCUGGUGAGGGAUCCCAGAGGGAUCCUAGCAUCCCGGAGCGAGACCUUCCGCGAUACCUACCGGCUGUGGAGGAUCUGGGAUGGCACUGGCAGAAAGCCCUACAACCUAGAUGUGACUCAGCUCACCACAGUGUGUGAGGACUUCUGGAACUCUGUGUCCACCGGUCUCAACCGGCCGCCGUGGCUCAAGGGCAAGUACAUGCUGGUGCGGUACGAAGACCUGGCCAGGAACCCCAUGAAAAAGACCGAGGAGAUCUACGAUUUCCUGGGUAUCCCCAUGGACAGCAACGUGGAGCGCUGGAUACAGAACAACACCCGAGGGGACAGGUCCUCCUCCAAACACAAGUACGGGACCGUGCGCAACUCGGCAGCAACGGCAGAGAAGUGGCGGUUCCGGCUGUCCUACGAGAUCGUGGCGUUCACCCAGCACGCCUGCCAGCAGGUGCUGGCGCAGCUCGGCUACCGAACCGCCGGCUCCGAGGAGGAGCUGAAGAACCUCUCCAUCAGCCUGGUGGAGGAGAGAGACUUUCUGCCCUUCUCCUAAGGCAGUCCGUUUGGGGGCGGGGAGAGGGGCCUGGUUUUGAUACGAACUGUUUCUAACUGUUGCCUUAUUUUCUUUUCUUUCAUUUUGUUUCUCUCCCCUGCCCCCCAUUUCUUGUCUUUUUCUCUCCAAAAUUUGCACUAAACCUUGAGCAGGAAUCUCAGCAGCUGAGUCCAGGGGAAGCAGUGGCUGCCCCUCAACACGUUUUGGACGCAAGAGGAGUUUGGUCUCUCCAGGCAAGAGCUAGAACUGUGGAUGGGUAACAAAUGUUUACAAAACACACGAAAUGUAUAAAGCGACCUUCAAGCUUUCCAAACCGAAGGGUACCUGGGGUACUGUACUUUUGCACUGUUUACUUUUACAAUGUAAGAGGUAAAUAUAAAUAUAAUUUAUGAGUGGUGUCGCCCCCUCCAGAGUAACUCCCCUUGCCACUCCGAGGAGCAGGUCAGACUGGAAGAAGAAUGUGGAACAAGCUUCUCGUUUUUGAUCUUGGUGCGACAUGUCUGUCUGUCUAAGUCCUGUUUUGGGGCUGGGCCAUUGGUCUGCUGCUCCCACACGGUUGUUUGGUAACACCUGUAAUAUUUCUUUGUGCCAAAAACCCACAAAAAAAGAAAAAAAAAAAAAAAAGAGGGGGGCGGGGGGGGGGGAAAGUGAUUGGGUGGUUUGGUUAAAGCCCAUUGCAGUUAGACUUUAUUUCUGUGUUUUCUGUAAAUAAAAGUGCAAUAAAACUGACCUGGGGGUGAACUUCA